GGCAACGACGCACCAUCAGUCACGCACCCUCCACCCAAGUCACCGACUCCCGCCGUCGCCGUCGCGAUCGCGGCGGCCGCCGGCAAUGUCUUGGCUCGCGCGCUCCAUCGCCAACUCCCUCCUCUCACCCGACAGCCCCGAGGCCGACGGCGAAGACCCCCGCGCCUCCGGCUCCACCUGCCCGGGCUCACCCCCUCGCGGCGUCCGCGAGGACCUCUCGGAGCUCACUGACGCCCUCGCCCACCGGUUCCAGGGCCUCGCCUCCUUCCUCGCGGCGCCCACUCCCGCAGGAAGCGGCGGUGCACCCCGCGGGCUGAACCCGUCCGAGAUUGCGGGACGCUUCCGCCUGGGGCUCGCGCGGCUCCCGGGCCGCCAGGCCGUGGCAGAUCUCGCCAAGAACGCCUCCUCUCUACUGCACCCGGACGAAUACUGGGGCUGGUCGGAGGCCGCCGGGGCUACCGAGGACGUGAUCGCCUUCGCGCGGGACGCCGCCAUGCGGCCCGAGCUCUGGCUGGACUUCCCCCUUCUCCCCGACGACGCGGACUCGGAUGAUUUUGACAUUAGUGAUGCGCAGCAAGACCACGCGCUGGCCGUCGAGAACAUGGCGCCGGAGCUGGCAGAUCUGAGGAUCGAACUCUGCCCAAGUCACAUGAGCGAGGGCUGCUUCUGGAAGAUAUACUUUGUGCUACUGCACCCUAAGCUCACAAAGGAGGAAGCCGAGCUUCUUUCUACUCCUCAGAUUUUGGAAGCUAUAGAGAAGUUGUCACAAAAUUCGCAACAUCACACAAAGCUAGAGAGCAACGAAGACACAGUAGCUCUGACUUUCAGGAAUGCAGAUGGUACUGUACCUAUGCCCGUAGAGGUGGUCAGCGUAUUAAAAGAUCAAAAUGCUUCCGGCAGGCCCACAGCUUUGUGCAAUGUAGAUUAUGGUAUAUUUGAAUCGAUUCCUCUGGAAGCGCUAACAAAAGAUACAGUCAGUGAUGCUGGAGCUGUUCCUUCAGAUAAAAUCAGCAGCGGCGUGCCUGUACAGCUUAUGCCGGUAUUAAGAGAUGCCACUAAGUUCUCACAAUCAAGGAUGGAAGAGACCAUUCACACUCCCUCUAAAGAACAUGCCACUGAGUUCUCACAACCUAGCAUUGAAGAAAGAACACCGGACUCAAUUACAGAUGAUGCUGUAGCAAAUGAGCAGUGUGUACCAUUUGUAGACAGUGCUCCAUCGGAAGAAGAUCAACAUAAAUGGCCAUUGAGUGACCUCAGCGAGCAAUCAAGAGUUGUCAUUCAGAAGGCCCAUAACGAUGACUCUGAUGAUGAGGAUGAAUGGUUGGAAGAGGACACGGGUGGUCCAGGAAGCACGCACAUUCCAAUAGUAGGCGACGAUGAGGAUAUAUCUUUCAGUGACCUGGAGGAAGAUGACUAAUGUAGCACGAUAUCAAUGGCGAACUUGGUCAUCACCGACUUUGUGCUUCUGGUUUGAAACGAUAUGUAUAUGUGGGCUUGGGUUCCGUCCACUGUAUGGUCUCAUGGAUCUGCUAUGAUCAAUGCCCACUGCAGCAGGAUAGUUCACCUUCUGCUCUUAUCUCUCUGCCGCCAAGAUCAGUUUCCCAAUCUAGGUCUCCCCCGUGGCAACAGUGCCUGUACAUGUUGUACAGUGUGUAGAGAGCACAUACUUGUGCAUGUGGUUGUUUGGAUCAACACUCUGAUUCUUGGAUCAAGCGUGUGUCCUGACAAUGAUGAUGGGAACUCGAUUAUUCUUAUGUUUUGGUGAAAAAAAGAAAAACAGUUAAUGUCAUAUCACAUAUAUAGCAUGCCUAAAACCUUGUCAAACAUCCAUGCAGUCCCAAAAUUUGGUCAAGUCUGCAAUAACAUGAUGAAUUUUGGUGAAAUUUGGCAAAGCAGGGACCACAUUUUCCAGCAGCAGUCAGCGUCUUUCUCUUGUUCUGUAUGUGACAAAUUGCUGUGUCUUUCUCUUGUUCUUUAGGUGACAAAUUGUUUGGCCUUUGGCCGGUGCGGCUUGAUCCAUAGUUUAACGCUGGAUGCGCUCAGUCCAAUGUUGAAAAGUAGAAACAAAAUUGAUUUUGAUGCAUCAUGGGUAAUUUGCUGUGUGUCUUCUUUCUGGAGCUCUGAAUUCAGUCUCACAGUGAGUGCUUCCAUCUCUUCCUGUUCUGUUAGUGAUGCAAGUUUAAAGUCCAGGGAUGUUGUUUGUGUUCCGCACUUCAGCUUACAAUGCUAAUUUCGCACACCUGGGUCUGGGUGGAAGCAAGGAAAGAAACAAGACGGAGGUCUAGGUUUGGUUGGCCGGAGCCUUGUUGUUUUGGUCUUGCGCCUCUUGCUUUUUUUUUUUGGGUUACUGAUCACUGAUGUUGUGUUGGCUUGUCUGUCAGUUUGUACUGAGGGGGGGAUUUGACCCCUCCCUUUAUUCUCUCCUGUUAAGUACUCCCUCUGUAAAGUAUAAGGGAGUAAUAUACAUGUAGUUCUCCUCCAUGGAUCGAAAAUAAUACAGUAAUACGAUUUUUA